CUCCUUUCGAUUAUCUUUUUGUCUGAAUAGACAAAGCAUGCGACAUCUCUAUGUCCUUUAUCUUUCUCUCUCCUCCCUUAAAUAACUGAGCUUUUAAAAGCCAGCGAUGAAAGAGAAGAGAGAGUGAAAGUUAGAUUAUUUUUAGUAAGAAAUCUAAAAUCUCCUUUAGCUUCUGAAGCUCUUUCAAGCUCAAAAACAAACCCUAGUACAACACAAAUGGCGGCGACACAAAUGCUGCUGCAUCUUCUUCUUCCUCUUCUCUUCAUUUUCUUCACUCGAAUCGGAGCAGAACUCACCAGCGAGUUACAGACAUUGAUGGACAUUAAAAAGGAGCUAGACCCAGAAAACAAACAUCUUGCUUCAUGGAGGAUCAAUGGAGAUCUGUGCAAGGAUUUCGAUGGCGUUGGUUGUGAUUUAAAAGGACAAGUCUCAAACAUAUCUCUACAAGGGAAAGGACUCUCUGGUAAAAUCUCUCCGGCCAUUGCAGAGCUUAAACACUUGACGGGUUUGUUCUUGCAUUACAAUGCUCUUGUCGGAGACAUCCCUAGAGAAAUCGGUAAUUUGUCGGAGCUAACGGAUCUUUAUCUCAAUGUUAAUAAUCUCUCUGGGGAGAUUCCUUCUCACAUUGGGAAGAUGGAAGGCUUGCAAGUUUUGCAGCUCUGUUACAAUAAUUUGACAGGAAGCAUUCCAAGGGAGCUUGGUUCACUGAGGAAGCUGAGUGUUCUUGCUCUUCAAUCUAACAAACUCACAGGAGCUAUACCCGCGAGUUUAGGGGACUUAAACGCUCUAGAGAGGCUAGAUUUGAGCUACAAUCACCUGUUUGGCUCUGUACCUGGUAAAUUAGCUGCCCCUCCUCUGCUUCGUGUUCUCGAUAUCCGCAACAACUCUCUCUCUGGCAAUGUACCUCGUGUGCUUAAGAGAUUGAGUGAAGGUUUUUCUUUUGAGAACAACUUGGGGCUAUGUGGAGCUGAGUUCACGCCUUUGAGAUCUUGCAAUGGCACAGCUCCUGAGGAACCAAAGCCGUACAGUGCGACCGUGACCGGUUUUCCAUCCCGGGAUAUACCGGAAUCAGCUAAUCUCCGGUUACCUUGCAAUGGAACUGACUGUAGUAAUGCUCCUUCGAAUUCUCACCAAGGCUCGAUCUUGAUCGGUUUGGUUGUCUCUACCAUCGCUUUGUCUGCCAUUAGCAUCCUCUUGUUCACACAUUACCGUAGACGCAAACAGAAGCUAACAACCGCUUAUGAGAUGUCGGACACGCGUCUCAACACUGUUGGAGGAGGCUUCAGGAAGAACAAUGGUUCUCCUUUGGCUAGUCUUGAGUAUACCAAUGGUUGGGAUCCGCUUUCAGACAAUAGGAAUCUCAGUGUCUUUGCGCAAGAAGUUAUCCAGAGCUUUAGAUUCAAUCUUGAAGAAGUUGAAACAGCUACUCAGUAUUUCUCAGAAGUGAAUCUUCUCGGAAGAAGCAACUUCUCUGCGACUUACAAAGGAAUCUUGAGAGACGGUUCUGCUGUUGCGAUCAAACGGUUCAGUAAAACCAGCUGCAAAUCCGAAGAGCCCGAGUUCUUGAAAGGUCUCAACAUGUUGGCGUCUCUGAAACAUGAAAACUUGGCGAGACUUAGAGGUUUCUGCUGUUCAAGAGGCCGUGGAGAAUGCUUUCUCAUCCAUGAUUUCGCUCCCAAUGGAAAUCUACUGAGCUAUCUUGAUCUCAAAGAUGGCGAUACACAUGUUCUUGAUUGGUCCACAAGAGUAUCCAUCGCCAAAGGCAUCGCAAAGGGGAUUGCUUAUCUACAUUCAUACAAAGGAAACAAACCGGCUUUGGUUCACCAAAACAUCUCAGCAGAGAAAGUCUUGAUCGACCAGCGAUACAAUCCUCUGCUCUCAAACUCAGGCCUCCACACACUUCUCACGAACGACAUUGUCUUCUCUGCGGUCAAAGACAGUGCAGCAAUGGGCUAUCUCGCUCCAGAGUACACCACAACAGGACGGUUCACCGAGAAAUCAGAUGUCUACGCUUUUGGGGUUCUUGUGUUUCAGAUCAUCUCUGGGAAACAGAUGGUUAGGAAUCUUGUUAAACUUGGAACUGAGGCUUGUAGGUUUCAAGAUUACAUCGAUCCAAAUCUUCAGGGGAGGUACUUUGAAUAUGAAGCCACGAAGCUAGCUAGAAUCGCGUGGCUAUGCACUCACGAAUCUCCAAUCGAGAGACCUUCUGUGGAAGCUGUUGUUCAUGAGCUUGGGAACUGUAGUAGCUGUCUCUGAGAAUUUGAAGGCCAUUUGUUGUUAUGUUACCUUAAGAAUCAAGGAAGUGUUUGGUAAUUAGUCGCCUUUCUUGUGUGUUAGGGUUAAGAAACGGUGUCGUUUCCCCUUUCUAUUGACGUUUGAAACGGUACAAUGUGUUGUAUAACUCAGUUUUAAGCUAAUCGGUAAAUGGACGAUAGUAAUGUAUGGUAACUUGGUUGUUUUCAUUAUUUUUUUUUAAAACAAAAUUGUUCUUAUUACGGUCUUGAAAUUUUUUUUUUACGAAUUUCGUUCUGUUUGCAUAAGCAAGAUCCAAUGUUCCAUUACCUCAGUCAGACAUCUCUCUUUGUGUUCUAAGAUUUCAAACGUAAACUUUUGUUCAUCUGAACUCGGUUAAGUUCAGUAAUGUCAAAAGAUCUAACCUUAAAACUCGCUUCAAUUGCAGAUUCCAUACCAUGCACACACUUUCGUCUUCUUUCUUGAACACGGACGUUGUGGAUGUCAGAUAGAUUGUGCUCAUUACAAUGACCCCAUGGAUCGUUGGAACCAUCUGAGUUCUGUUCCUGAAUGUUCGUCAUCGCAUCUCGAGAUUUUGGAGUGGAGAUAAUACAAGGCAUAAAGCUAGACAAGAGACUCGCCAAAGCUUGCGAGAGAAGUCGGAACUCAUGGGAGAGAGAGCACGGUAUCGAAGAGAGUGAGAGAAAAAUUGGUGUUGGAGAAAGUGAAAAAGAAGAAAUCAGCAUCAGAGAGAAUGAAGAUAAGAGUAGAGAUUUUUUUCGAUUUUACAUCUAGAUUUUCUGUAAUUUUAGUUUUAGUUAAGGAUAUUUUCGACUUUUAUUAUUUUCAACUGGACCAU